AUUAUAUUUGGUUUCUUUAAAGUUAUAGGCAGGCUUUAAAAAUCUGGACUGACGGUCUAACCAGAUUAAAAGUGUGAACUGAAAACAUAUUUGGGUUGAGUAAAUAACAAAAUCCAAAGACAAUUAAUUAGGUAAAAACUCAUCAAGUCUCCAAAAACAAACUCGUAAACCAUUGGACCAAGAGCACAAAUAAACUGGAGUUCUCAUAUGGUGAACAUGGAGUUGCCAUUGAGCGCAAGAUGUAGCAAAAUUGGCUGUUUACAUUUUGUUAAGGUGUUUAUAAUUGUUUUAGUGGGGACGCUUGUAUAUAUUUUGACAAUGAAUUUGGGCUUUAGGCCAGUGUUUGAAGCGAGUAUACCCAUUUUAGUUAGUCUAUAUGAAUGUACGUUUAUGAUCUUCCGUGCUAGUCACGCCAAAAAGAGUAAUGUCAUAAAGGCUGCUAUGAAAUCGUCUUUAUAAAAAGGUUGUUGCACUGUAGUAGAAAGUAACUCUUUAACGCUAACAAUUUAUGGGUCUAGGGGUUUGAUUGUGGGAGUAACGUAAAAUCUCGCCGACUUUGGACGCAUAUUAUUUUGUUGGAAACCUUCAACAAUGCAAACCGGGAAGAGAUUUUCUAGAAACUGAACACAGAAGGAAUAGCAAAGUUAAUAUUAAUGACAAAGAAAAAAAAGUAAAGUUAAUAGCAAGUAGUUCAUCAGAGUGCAGGCUAUAAGACAUAAGAUGUGCAGCUUCAGCAGCAGCUUGAAAGUUUGUCAAUUUAGGCAUAUUUCGUAUCAAAAGCGACAAAAACAGCUUCGUUUGUUUGGUCUGAGACGUCGGACAAUUCGACACGAUACCUGUAUAUAGCGAAGGGAUGCAGAAACGAAUAUUAGCGUAAGUUAAAGUAAUGUUCUUAACAAAGAAAUAUAAAAAGAAGAUAAGUUAUAUGAAUGUAACCUGACGACACCCACAGCGUUGGGAUCAUCACAUGCGAUGCAUGAGAAGGAAGACACCUUUCGCUGGAGCUUUUUGAACAUUUUGAGCAGGAAAAAUAACACCAGACGUUAUCUGCAUUUUGAAUUCCGGUCACCUUGCCGGUACAGAGAAACUCAAUGUUCACAAUGAAAAUUAGAGGAGUCAACUGAAAGUGCGGAGAAUUUUGGCAGAUCAAAGUGAGACCUGAGAUUGGGAUGUGAUAACAUAUUCGUUAAGCUCAGAAACAGCGAGGAACUCUAUUUUCUAAGCUCAGAAACAGCGAGGAACCCUGAACUUGAUGUUACCCCCCCCCCCCCCCCCCCCCCCACCAUGUAACGUCCAAACCACUAACCGAGUUGUUAGACAUUACCUUUAGAGAACAGGUGCCGGAAAAUGUUUACGCUGUUGGCUUUGACGGAACCUUGAAUAAGCGUUGCCCGUUUGAGAGAAUAAACAGUUUAUAGAUUAAGCUUUAAGCCGUUACCUUGAAGGAAGGUGAAGUUAAAAGCAUGUAAUUGCUUUCUAUUCAGUCCAGUCAGGUUCAACCUAGUCGCACAUGUUGACCCAUGAUAGAAAAAUUUCGUUUUUAUUACCGGUCUUGGUUUUUAAAAUAUUGUUUAUAGGUUAAAUUUGGUUUGAUUAAUCUAUUAACAUAAACAAUUAACAAAAACUCAUCAACCAAAAAAAAUAGUGGAAAUUAUGUUUUCAGAAUCAGUAUUCAAUUUGUGAUACUGAAAAGUUAAUUUGACCGAGAAGGCGAGAAUAGCUUUUCAUAAUUCAUAUUAUUCAUAUAUAUAUAUAUUGUUACAAAAAAAAAAAAAAAAAAAAAUCAUAUAUAUAUAUAUAUAUAUAUAUUAUACGACACAUACUUUCUUAAAGAGAUCCUCUUAAUUGGUGUUCUCCUUCGUGAUUUGAUUAUAUCAAUGCAUUGAAAUUAGUAAUGGAAUACAAUGUAGUCUAAUGUUUUUAUUAGAUUUAGAUUCUUACUUGAGUGUGUAAACAUAAUUUGUUGGCAGUGCGACGCUGUAUAGUAUAUUGGAUAAGGAAAUUGAUUCAGAAGAUGCUCAAUACAGAGAUUUCUUUAGGCUGGUGAUAAAGAUUCAUUAGACAGUUCCAUUUUUAUUUCUAGGAUUGGUUUACAGUUUCCUUAUUUUUUUUUUUUGUUAUUUUGGGAUACUUAACUCAUUGCAGGAUCAUGUCGAAGGAUAAAUGGAUUAUAAUCUGUCGGCAAAAACCAAAACCUUCUUUUCAAGUGCAGUUGCAAAGUGGGAUGCUGAGUUUUACGUUAAGAUUGAUGAUUAUGUCCAUGUCAAUCUUGGUACGCUUGCUUCCACAUUAGCUCUUCACCGUCAUAAGCCGAGUGUCUACAUUGGAUGUAUGAAAUCAGGACCUGUUCUUACUAAAAAGACGGCCAAGUAUCGUGAACCCGAGUUCUGGAAAUUUGGAGAGGAAGGUAACAAAUAUUUUCGACAUGCUACAUGACAGAUCUAUGCCAUAUCAAAAAAUCUUGCGACAUACAUAUCUAACAACCAACCAAUUUUGCACAAGUAUGCAAAUGAAGAUGUGACACUCGGGUCAUGGUUCCUCGGUCGGGUUGAGCAUAUAGAUGAUCGUAAUUUCUGUUGUGGUACUCCUCCGGUUUGUGAAAUAAAGGCUGAGGUUGGAGAAGUGUGUGUGGCGUCAUUCGACUGGAAGUGCAGUGGGGUAUGCAAAUCAGUUGAAAGAAUGUGGAUGGUUCAUGCCAUGUGUGGAGAAGGUGACCAAGCUGUGUGGGAUGCAAAUUUGUAACUUUUUUAGAUAAGAAAAAGAGACAAGAUGAGAUGAACAUUUUGUUUGUAAAGAACCAAAAGGAAUACAAAUUUGCUUACUGUAAAAUAAGCUAGUCCGACUGGUUAACCCAUGAUAAAAAAUCGCUUUGAUUACAAGUCUUGCUUUCAAAAAUAUUGCAUAUAGGUUAAUUCGGUUUGAUUAAACUAUAAAUAUAAACAAUUAACAAAAACUCAUCAACCAUGAAAUAGUGAAAAUUAUGUUUUCAAUGCCAGUAUUUAAUGUGUGAUAUUGAAAAGUUAAUUUAACUGAGAACAGCUUUUCAUAUAAUUCAUACAUAUUUAUUACACGACACAUACUUUCUUAAAGAGAUUCUCUUAAAUGAUGUUCUCCUUCAUGAUUUGAUUAUCUCAAUUCAAGAUCAGUACCCCCCCCCCUCCCCUCCCCUCCCCUCCCGGCUCACCCC